AGCCCAGCGGAGCGUUGAAUGGGGCGCAGCGAGGCGCGGCCGGGCUUUGUGCAGCCAGCCCGCGGGCACCCUCCAGGCUCCGGCCUCGCUCCGCCCCGCCCACCGCGACCCCUGCUGCCGGGGAGCGGAGACCCGGCAGCCGCUCGGGACUCCGGCGAGAGUGACGCAAGGUCAGCGGCGGCUGCGCGCCCAGGGCGCCCGUGUGCUGGGGGUGCGGCGCCGACGCCCGCCGGCCAGCUGAAGCAAAAGGUUGGAAACAACCCAAGUGACUAUCAAUAAAGGAUCCUUAAAGAAGAUCAUGUAAUAGCUAUCCAGUAGAAUACAUUAAAGCUGUCGUGCAGUAUGGAAGAAGAAUGUGGCAGAGAUGUAUAUUAAUGUAUGAAGACUUCAGAGUUAUAUUUGUGCUGGUUCUUGGAGUUCCCUGGAAAAAGCCAGAAGUUGACUCCAUCAUGGCCGAAUUCAAGGUGGAGAGCCGGGCCAGUGUCGACUGGCAGAAGCGCUGCCUGGCCCUGGAAACACAGCUUUUCCGGUUUCGCCUCCAGGCCAGCAAGAUAAGGGAGCUGCUGGCUGACAAGAUGCAGGAGCUGGAGCAGAGGCUGCUGGAGGCGGAGCAGAGAGCAGAGAAUGCAGAGACCCAGGUGGGUGUGAUGGAAGAAAAGGUAAAACUGUCCAAUCUGAAGAAUGUGGACUCCACUGGGAGCCUGCACCGAAAAUACCAAGAAUUGCUGAAAGUCAUGCAGGGCAAAGAUGAACUCAUCAGCCACCUGGAGGCACAACUGGAGAAGCAGAAGCAGCUAAGAGCUGAAGAAGCAAAAAUUGUUCAAGAAAAAGCUGCAAAGAUCAAGGAGUGGGUGACACUAAAGUUAUCAGAGCUUGAGAUGGAGAAUCAGUAUCUGAAAAACUGUAAUCAGCGCCUGGUGGAACAGGUGGGAGCCCUUCAAGAUGCGCUGGAAGCUCUUCAGAUGACACCUUCAGGGAAGCUGCUGGUGGCCCCCCAAGAAGCCCCAGAGGAGAAUCCUGUCCCUUCAGAGCCAGGAGCUCAGCCUGUGGCACAAGAUAGUGGUUCUCAGGUCCAGGCUUUGAAGGUGGCUUUGCCUGGACCUUGUCUGGGUGCCCUGCAGAGCAAGGGCUCUGUGCCUGAAGCCAGAAGCCCAGUGGAGGAUUCUAGUUCCAGCAUGGUCCACCCCGAGGAAAUAGAGGCCAAGACCCUUCCACCUCAUCUGGGAAAAGAGGGCUCUCCCACCCAGCUGGGUGUGACACCUGGCUCCGCAAGAUGUGGCUCAGCCUCCUGGGGGGAGAGCCUGGUCACUGCUCGUUGUGGAGGGAUACACUUUGGGACCAAGACCUCUGCCAGGGAAGGUGGCCCUGGCAGCAGCCUAACCCUACCAAAGGCACGGGCUUCCAGUGCCCCCUGGAAUAGCAUCCAGGUGGCCAAAAGGCACCACAGCCAGCCCCAGCUGAAGCCCCCAGCUGAGCUCCGGGAAGAACCAGAGAAGAUGGAAAUGGAGGAGUCACCUCCAGCAGGGAAGGAGGAAGGAGAGAACCUGAAGGCCCCUAGACCUGAGCUGGAGAAAGAAGAACUGGAGAAUAAACCACCCACACCUCCACUACACCGGUUUCCAUCAUGGGAGARCCGGAUCUAUGCAGUGGCCACUUCAGGCAUGCAGCUGUCAGAUGUAUCUUCCCGGAGUCACGUUGCCUGCUGUGCUUCAAGCCCUCCUGCCCUUGCAUCCCCUGUGUCUUUCUCUGGCCUUGUCUACAAGAAUGUCACUGUGCCUGUCUACACAGCACUGAAAGGGAGAGCCAUGCAGAUCAGCAAUGUGCCCUUCGCUGACGACUCCUCUGGGUCUGAUGAUGACUGCAGCUCUCAAGCCAGUUUCCGAAUAUCAGUCCCUUGUUCUGAGUGCAGGAAGACCAGCGGACUAGGCAGUCCCCGGGCCAUCAAGAGAGGGGUCUCCAUGUCUUCACUGAGCUCCGAGGGUGACUACGCCAUUCCCCCUGAUGCCUGUUCACUGGACAGUGACUACUCAGAGCCUGAGCACAAACUUCAACGCACCUCGUCCUACUCCACCGACGGGCUGGGCCUAGGCGGGGAGUCACUGGAGAAGUCAGGCUACCUGCUGAAAAUGGGAAGCCGGGUGAAGACAUGGAAGAGGCGCUGGUUUGUCCUGAGACAGGGACAAAUUCUGUACUACAAGUCCCCGAGUGAUGUCAUUCGGAAACCUCAAGGUCAAGUGGAUCUGAACUCCCAUUGCCAAAUUGUUCGAGGGGAGGGUGCACAGACAUUCCAGCUUAUCUCAGAGAAGAAGACCUACUACCUGACAGCAGAUUCACCCAGCCUGCUGGAGGAGUGGAUACGGGUCCUACAGAACUUGUUGAAGGUACAGGCCACCGGGCCUCCAGCCCUGCCUCAGGGUGGCACCAAGCCCACUGUGAAGGGCUGGCUGACCAAGGUAAAACAUGGCCACUCCAAGCUAGUCUGGUGUGCUCUUGUUGGAAAAACCUUCUACUAUUACCGGAGCCAUGAGGAUAAGCGACCCCUGGGUCGUCUGCCUGUGCGGGAUGCACGCAUAGAAGAAGUAGAUCGAUCCUGUGACUCAGAUGAGGACUAUGAGGCUGCAGGAACCAGACGGUUACUUUCCUCCCACUGUACGCUGGUGAUCCAUCCUCCAGAGCACAGUCCUACCUACCUGCUCAUUGGUACCAAGCAUGAAAAGGAUACGUGGCUUUACCACCUCACAGUGGCUGCAGGUGGCAGCAGUGCCAAGGUAGGCACUGCCUAUGAGCAGCUCAUUGGGCAACUGAUGGAUGGUGAGGGAGACCCAGAUUCCCCACUCUGGAGGCACCCUAUGCUGUGCUAUAGCAAAGAUGGGCUGUGUACCUCCCUCACCACCCUGCCCUCUGAGGCUCUGCAGACAGAGGCUCUCAAGCUCUUCAAGUCCUGCCAGCUCUUCAUCAAUGUGCCCGUAGAGGCUGCCUCAGUGGACUACCACGUGUCCCUGGCCCAGACAGCACUGCAGGUGUGCCUGGUUCACCCUGAGCUGCAGAGUGAGAUCUACUGCCAACUCAUGAAGCAGACCAGCUGCCGCCCACCUCAGAAGUACUCCCUCAUGCAGUGUUGGCAGCUCCUGGCUCUGUGUGCCCCACUUUUCCUGCCUCAGCAUCAUUUCCUCUGGUAUGUUAAGCAGCAGCUCCAACGCCAUGCAGAUCCCAGAAAUGAAACUGGCCAGUAUGCCACCUACUGUCAGCGGGCAGUGGAGCGGACUCUGCAGUCAGGGGAGCGGGAAGCCAGACCAUCACGCAUGGAAGUGGUGUCCAUCUUGCUGCGAAACCCCUUCCACCACUCCUUGCCCUUCAGCAUCCCUGUGCACUUUGCCAACGGGACUUACCAGGUGGUUGGUUUUGAUGGCUCCUCCACAGUUGAUGAGUUCCUGCAGCGGCUGAAUCAGGAGACGGGCAUGAGGAAAUCAUCCCACUCUGGCUUUGCUCUCUUCACCGAUGAUCCUUCUGGCAGGGAUCUGGAACACUGCUUGCAGGGGAGUGUCAAGAUCUGUGAUGCCAUCUCCAAGUGGGAACAAGCCCUGAAGGAGCUGCACCCUGGAAAGUCUGAGGGUGGGACACGCGUUGUGAAGCUGAUGUACAAGAACAGGCUGUACUUUCGGAGUCAAGUCAAAGGGGAGACAGAGCGAGAGCGACUGUUGCUUGCCUUCCAAACCAGUGGAGAGAUAGUGGCAGGGAGAUUUCCUGUCAAUAAAGAACUGGCUCUUGAGAUGGCCGCCCUGAUGGCCCAGGUAGAAUAUGGGGACUUGGAGAAGCCUACUCUGCCAGGCCCUGGGAGCACACCCCCUGCCAAGACUCAGCAUCUUCUCCAGCAAGUCCUAGAUAGGUUCUACCCAAGGCGCUACAGACAUGGGGCACCCCCUGAACAGCUGAGGCAUCUGAUAGAUAUGCUGACCACAAAGUGGGCGGCACUGCAAGGCUGCUCCCCUCCUGAAUGCAUCCGCAUCUACCUGACUGUGGCCCGAAAAUGGCCUCUUUUUGGUGCUAAGCUUUUUGCUGCUCAGCCUGCCAAGCUGUCUUCCAAGGAGAGCACUCUGGUAUGGAUUGCUGUGAAUGAAGAUGGUAUCAGCAUCCUGGACCACCACACUAUGCAAGUGCACAUCACUUACCCCUACUCUUCAGUGACAACCUUUGGUGGCUACAGGGAUGACUUCAUGCUUGUGAUUAGAACCAUUCCAGACCAGGGGUCUGGAAAAGCACACAUUGAGAAGUUGAUCUUCCGGAUGACUGCUCCUAAGAUUGCUGAAACUACCUUCAUCAUGGCCAGCUACAUGAACCACUGCUCUACAACCGUGAACCCACCUGCCAACUCACCUGCAGCCCGCCAGCCAUGGGAGCUAGAUGGACGACAGUUCUUUGCUUCUGUUUCCUGUGCCACCAAGGGGCCAACAUUGCUGUGAAUAUUUCUCCUACCCUCUCCCCACCACCUCUGGGAUUAGAGAUUUGUAUCCUAGGAUAUGGUACUACUGUGAUGGGUCUAAUAGAACUCCCUGCACACUAUUCUGUGAAAUGUAUAUUUCAGCGUCUAUGAAGACUACUCUCUAGAUGCCUUAUAAUAUUUCAGAGCCCAGCUUUUACAAAUCCAGACCCAGUAUUGAAACGACUUAUUCCCCCCACCACGACCCAUAAGAAUACUGACUCUGGAUGCUAUCUGAUUCUAAACAUAGACAGGGAUGGCCCACUGUCCCAAUGUUACUGAGGGUCACAGUGCUGUAUUUGGGGCUUCUGCACUGAUUCCUUCAGGGAAGAUCAUUGUUAUAUUGUAUGUGAUCUUUGUGUGGAGAAUUAUACUUGAAGUUUUCUGAAAAGAAUAGGAUAAAAAUUUCCAAUUUACCUGAAUUCUGACAAAAGCCAAGAAUUAAAACUAGACUUCCUUUUCCAGAUGGAAAUGGGUUGGCAGGACUAGAGAAAAACAAAUGGACUAUCUUUUCCCCUCUACUGAUGAGUAGGAUCCACAGUGCUCCUUCUGAGGCAGCAGCUCCAAAUUUUGCAGAAUGAAACACUAACCCUGCUGCAUUUCAUGUUUUUUGUACACUGGACUGUAAACUGAACUCAGUACUACACACUGUCCAAGCAAGGACAGGAAAAGGUGGGUCCAGUCUGACUUCUGUCUCACUUCAGCACCUGGAUGGGACUGUGAAGGUUGUGCUCACUACUGAAGGAAAGGUAGCCAUUAUUCCCCACUCUUUGAAAGACCAAGCAAAUGCUUUCCACUUUUAGCUGCUGUGUGAGGCACUGAAGGCGAAUCAGGAACAAAGAAGACCCUCAGUCUCCUCCAGGGCUUGGGUGUGCUUGAGACUUCUGGCAAACUUCUGCUGGAAAUUAGUUGGAGACUCAGGGCAUGUAUGUAAUGUCUGUCUUAGCCUAAAAGCAUUAGGUAUAAAAAGUAGAAAAAUUUUUCACCUUUUGCCUUGAGAACAUCAUAAUCCCCCUCAACUCAAACAUUCUAAUUGACUGCAGGGGAAUAGUUUUUGUCUACAUCUUUUCCACUGGGGGGGGGGGGGAGUUCAUUCUCUGAUUUUCCAAAGUCUGAGAAAUGGAGUUUUAUUUUAUAACUCUAAGGUAGUCUUAACAUUUUUUUUUCACAAAAUGCUGAAAAAUGUGGCUAGCAGAAACAACCCAAGAACCAAGCUUUUAGCCCCAGUGAUGUGGAUAUUGCACAUGCAAAAACCACGAGACUGGAACUAAUUUAUCUGAUCACUUCAGCUGUUGUUAUGCUUUCCCUCUCAACCUUUAAACUAACAAAGCACAGUGAAGAAAGAAGAAAAAAAGAGGCAUGAGAGUCUGUCUCUUUUUAAAUUGACUUUGCAAGGCAGACAGUUUUAUAGCUAUUUCUGUCCCUCCACCCACCACCACCUCCCAGGAUUUGGGUGGGGGUCUAGCUGAGACAUUUCUACCUCGAAAAAAAUCACCUGACGUAGGCUCUUGGAUAACUCUUCCAAGGCUGAGUUAUCUCUGCUUUUAUAUCCUGAGUGUCUCUAAGGCUGAUGAAGAUAUUAGCUAACUAGGGCAUUUAAAAAAAAAUAGAGCUUUAAAGAAAGUGUAAGUGCCAUUAUGUUCAUAUUGAGUCUAGGAGUCAAACUACUUCCCUCACCAUCUUUCCUACUUCCUGACUCUUAGGAAUCUUCCUUUAGUUUAUUAAUUUUAUAGAUAAGAAACUGUCCUAGAAACAAAGGCUUCUAGAGUUUGUUUAUUCUUCUUUAACUUGGGAGUACCAUGUCUGGAAACAAAAGUCAAAUUUUCUGUCUUACAUUUUGUCUCCUCCCUCUUGGCAAAAGUAGCUGAAAAGUGAUAGAAAAUGCUGAAUA